GCCAAUAAUUGUUGGAUUAAUUAUGUGAUAUAUAAUUGAACUUGGUCUUCACAAUGUAGUAAUUUAAUACAAACCCAGCCAUAUUCAACUGCUCCAACAUCCAAUGCUCUCAUACGCUCACAGUGAUCACUUCCUUUUUUACCAUAAAAAGAAUACUCAAAAUUCCAAGUGAUGCUGCAUUCGCAAUGGGAAAACACAGCACUACUGCUGAAAACAACAAAUUUGAGAGACUUUUCUCCACAGAUGAAGCUCUAGCUGUAGCUGUAACUGUAAGAGAUGAAUCUAAACAAAUGCUACCUCUGGAAAAACGAUACGGCGUCGAGCCACCACAGCGCCGCCGGAUACACCGAGUGCCGCCGCAGCUACGGCGGAGGAACGAGAAUCGAAGAGAGUACGACCCGACGAUCGUCUCGCUGGGACCUUACCACCACGGCCAGCCGGAGCUCCGCGCUGCGGAGGAGGUCAAACACAGGUUUCUCGACCGCCUGGCUUCCGGCAGCGGCGCCAGCAAAACCGCGCUCCACGGCACGAUUCUCGCUCGAAUCGGUGAAUUCAGAGCCUACUACGCCGACGACGAAUGCGUCGACAAAUUCGACGACGGAGAACUCGCCACGAUGCUGCUUCUCGACGCCUGCUUGAUGGUGGCGCUGAUGGAGGGCCUCGCCGGCGACAGCGACGUCUUCCUCUUCUGGCACCAGUGCCUCGGCAUCGCGACGCUGCAAUUCGCAUUCCCCGAUCUAAUGCUGCUCGAGAAUCAGCUCCCCUUCCCCGCCCUAAGUUUGAUAGUCAAUCUACGGCGGGGAAAGGAAGGCGCCGGACUGAUCAACAGCUUCUUAAAUUGGUUCCUGACCGGAGAUUUCAAGCCACAGAUCUGCUCAAAAUCCGACGGCGUGGAGGAGCUCCCCCUCCACCUCCUCGAAGCCUGCCACAGAAUGCUCGUAGGCUCCAAAUCCCCAACGCAGAAAAUCUCCGGUUUGAAAUUCACGAAUCCGGAGCGCGACAUCACGACCAGAUCCGUGAUGGAUCUGAAAUCGAAGGGGAUCGAGGUGACAGCGAGCUCAUCGUGCUCGAUCCGAGACAUCAAGUUCAUACCGGGGGCGUUCCAGAAGGCGGAGCUGCAGCUGCCGACGCGGAUGGUGUGGUCGCACGCGCUGAGCACGCUGUCGAACGUGAUCGCGUACGAGAUGUCGCCGGGGACGGCGUCGGAGUUCGAGGUGCUCUCAUACGCGAACUUCAUGAAGGCGCUGACGGAGAGCGUGGAGGAUGCGAAGGAGCUGCAGGAGAAGGGGAUCUUCAUAAAUCGGUUUCAGAAUCAACAGCAGCUGGUGGAGGAGCUGAGAGGCGUGGACACGUUUGGGAUGGACAAUCUGGAGAUAUUCAAGGAGGUGAAGGUGGAGAUCGAGGAGCACUGCAAGAGCAAGGCCAAGACGUGGAUGGCCGAUCUUAUCCAUACAUUUUUCGCCAGCCCGUGGACGGUCAUCGCCUUGUUCGCCGCCAUCAUUCUUCUCUGCCUCACCCUUGUCCAGACCUAUUUCACCAUUAAUCCUUUAACCUGAUCAGAUAUAUACAUACCAAUUCACAUCGGAUUAAUCAAAUUUAUGUCACAUUGUUCCCAGAUUAAAAUCAAAUAACAAAUGCAAAUCGUGUUAACUAAAA